AUGCCGACCGCCACGUUCAAUGUCCCUCCUCAGUACCGUAGAUUUACCCUCUUCUCGAACUUGCCGCCAGAGAUUCGCCUCAGAGUGUGGGAGGAGUACCUAGAAAGCCCUGGCGUCAGCUUCGUCAAAGUCGAGCCCUCCGAGACGACAUGGCGCGCUCGUUUCCUCCCGCCCCUUUCCUUUGUGGAUGACGACGACGAUCAAGACCACCGGCAGCUGCAUCUCGAUGAAGUGUCGCUCGCCAUCAAGAGGGAGUCUCUCACCAAGCCACCUCUCCCGGCACGUCUGGUCGCCUGCUACCCCGUUCGCGUUGCCGAUAUCAGCAACUACAACACCCUUCAUGCCGAUCUCAUCACCAUGAGCCGCACAUGCAGCGAGUCUUCGAGUCUCGCUAGGCAGCUGGCCUCGCGCGAGGGAGCGCUGCGACUCGAUAACGGCGUGCUCGUUGCGCUCGAGGGGUCCCAGGAUCUCAUCACCCUCGACUACCUGCCCCCCGACUUGCACCAGACUGACCGUGCCCUGGAAGUCGAUUUUUCUUGCCCCGGCCUCGAAAAGAUCCGACGGGCCGCCGUACGUGUCUCGCCUAUGUGGAAGCCAGCCAAAACAUAUCCUGCCAAGUGCAAGACGUGCCAAGAGGUGCACGAGGUACGCGACGGUGGAAACUGUCCAACACACCUGUACCAGUUCCUUGCAAGACACCUGCCGAACCUCGAGGAGUUCUACCUGAUGGACUAUUUCGUCGUCGAAAAGUCCGAUUCGGAGAAGGCCACCUGGGAUAUCAUUUACGGGGACGGACGCGGCGAGAACAAGAAUCCUUGCCCAGGACCGCAGCGCCAACGCACGUUCCGCGCCAAGGAUCGCGUCUUCCACGAGAUUGUCGGCGACGGAUCAAGCGACCGCGCCUGGAAGACGGACUCCAAGACUGGCAGGAUUCGAGACUGGCUUCGGGACAGCUUCGUCCGUUACUGCAACAACAGUCCUCUCGCGCGCCACCAGUCUCCCAACAAGGUUCGCUUCGGCAUUCUCGCAUGCCAGUUCAACAUUUUGCCCCCGUCGCCAUCCAAGGCCAAGACAUACCCGUCUUCGGGAAAGCUCCGACCCGUUCGUGAACGGCCGACCAGAGCCAAGGCCAGCCAAGCGGGCAAGCUCUUCGGCAGUUCUUCGAGAUCGGCUGCUUCGCUGUUUGGCGAACUUGGAACAGGCCAUGGCAGGCUUUUCGGUGACGACGUGUCGGCCGCAUGGAUAACCCGACUGCAGAACGAGAUGGCUAGUCGACCAGCGCCGAUACCAGUAAACGCUCCUCCGCAGCCGCCACGUGAGACUGACCAGGCACAAUCGUGGGGGGGCCUUUUCUUUGCGUUUGGGGGUGUCAGUCGGAUUUCCUUUCGCUUCACGUUUUCGCUGUUCCACGACUCGAUCAGGCGAUGGACUGGCCUUUGA